AUGGCGGCUGCUCAGGACGAGGACGGACGAGAUACCGCCAGCACCAACACGCCUUCCACCCGGGACCAGGACCAGGACAGGUCGGCCAUGGCGUCUGACAAGAGUCCUGCAAAGGAGACGGCCAGGGAGUCCAAAGAUGCAGCUCCAGCUCCGGCUACAGCUACGGCCACAGCUACGGCCACAGAGUCGACCGCUCCCUCAGACACCGCGUCGAAUUCGGCCUCCACGCCUGCUCCGUACAGCACCAGAUCGCGAAACCGCGUGGGUGCCCGGAUCAACUACGCCGAAGACAACAACGAGCUCGACGCGGAGCUCGACCAGCCCAUGCCCACGCCCGCUGCCAGUAGCAGUGCUGCCGCCACCACCACGCACACCAAGGGCACGCCCGGACGGAAACCCAAGGACCACUCGGCCCAGAACAACAACCGCAUCUCCUCUCCGGCCUCCAACAGCGAGCGGACGGCCGGAGUCAGCACGCGCAGGGCCAAUGCUGCUGCCGCUGCCGCCGCCGUGAACGGUACUGCCUCGACCAAGGACGCCGGUAUCCCUGGCACCUCGAGUUUUUCAGCAAACCCUAACUCGGUCGUUGUCUCUAAGAAGAGGAAGCAGCCCGGUGCCAGUACGACGGUGCAGAAUGUUGUUCCCGCCAACGGGACGGGUGCGGUGGGUAAACGGUUUAUUGCGGCUGGUUCGCGCAAUUCGGAGGAGGCAGCUGCUACUUCGAUGAUGACGUUUAGGAAUUCAAAGGCCAUGCUGAAGAAUGGGAAGCUAAAGGCUGACGAUGGCACUCUCUUGGCCCCGAACGACCACGUAUAUCUCAUCUGCGAACCACCGGGUGAACCGUACUAUCUCGCGCGAAUAAUGGAGUUUCUCCCGUCAAAGGACAACCCUUCCGGCCCCAUCGAGAGCGUCAGAGUGAACUGGUACUACCGACCGCGCGACAUUCAGCGCAAAACCAACGAUCUGCGUGUCGUCAUCGCCUCCAUGCACUCGGACGCCUGCCCACUUACGUCCUUGCGUGGUAAAUGCACGAUAAAGCACAAGACCGAAAUCGCGAACUGGGAUCAGUACAUGAAGGCCAAGGACUGCUUCUGGUUCGAGCGCAUGUAUGAUCGGUAUAUACAUCGCUAUUACGAUGUGAUUCCCACCAGUCGCGUGAUCAAUGUACCCCAACAUGUCAAGGAGGUGUUGGACGAGCGGUGGAAGUACGUGCUGGUCGAGAUCGGGAGGAGAAAGGAGCUGACGAGCGCCGUCAAGACGUGCAAGAAGUGUAGCCAGUAUGCUGCAAAUAAUAACUCUGUGGAUUGCGCCGUUUGCCAAAAUACAUACCACAUGCACUGUGUUCGGCCAGUGUUGCAGAAGAAACCCGCCAGAGGGUUCGCGUGGGCCUGUGGUCCGUGUAGCAGGGCACAGGAGAAGAAGCUAGAAGCUCGAAAUACCCCGAUGAUGGGCGAAGCGCGCAACGACACCGAGCCGGAAAUCAUCGAAGAAGACGAAGAGGAACACCCGGCCGAAACAGCAGCUACUCAACGAAGUAGUCCGUCAAAUGUCGAACAUACCAUCAAACCAGCCACCACAGAGCAAAUAGCUCAAGCGAAGUUAUGGCAGUUCCGAUAUCUGGGUAUCCACUGUCGUGUUGAGGAUGCGCUCGACUACGAUGAUCGGAUAUAUCCGCGCGCCAGCUCACGGUUGGGCACGAGACAUCAAGCGAACGUCGUGCCAUGGUACGGACACCCGGUCGAAUAUUUCAAGCCCGCAGAGACGAAGCGGAAAUACAUGAGAUCUGGACCGAAGAAGGAAGUCAAGUUGUCCAAGGAAGCACUGGCGGCGCAAGAAGCGGAGCGUGCUGAACGUGCACUGCGUCCGAAGUGGAUACAGGAGGCGCCACCAGGUUACAUACCGCGCGGAGAAGACGAGGCUAUAACCGUUGACGGCAAGAAGUUUCAUACAGCUGAGUUGCAGUUCAAGAUGCCUGAUGCGUCGCAGUUGCCGGCGAGGGGAGAAGACGAUGCGCCCGGCUCGCAUCUGAGCGUUGAAGAUAGAGAGAAGUUUAUCGACGAGUAUAUGGUCAAGGCGAAGGAGGUUGCAGUCGCAAAGGGGAUUGCAGAAUACUCGACCAAUUAUCUCGAUAAGGCACUUGCUCUUCUUUACGAGGAGAAUUUCAACGUCGACACUGCUCUUGUGCGAUUGAAGGCUGUGCAUAAAUAUAACGAUCUGAAGGAACCGCAUCUCAAGCCUGAAGAGGUGAAGCUGUUUGAAGCCGGCGUGGCGAAGUAUGGCUCUGAGCUGAGAAAUAUUACCAAGCACGUCGGAACGGUUAAACAUCGCCAUAUCGUUCGAUUCUACUAUAUGUGGAAGAAGACGCCCAAGGGUCGACAGAUAUGGGGCAACUACGAGGAUAGAAAGGGAAAGAAACUCGCCAAGAAGGCCGAUAGUGCAGCGAAACUACUCGAUGACGUUGCUGAUGACUAUGAUGAUUCUGCAUUCGAUAACGACAAGGCAAUGGAGAAGCGGAGAGGGUUUACCUGCAAGUUCUGCAAUACUAGGUCUUCGAAGCGGUGGAGACGAGCACCGGCUGUUCCGCCGGGUUUCACAAUUCCUACAGAACAGUCUGGUAAGCGUGAGAAGGGCGGUAGACUUACUGUUUCGCUAUGUCAGCGUUGCGCGGUGUUGUGGAGGAAAUACGGAAUUCACUGGGAAGACCCCGACGAGAUCGCGAAGAGGAUUUCCCAGGGAGGCAAUAAAUCGUGGCGUCGAAAGUAUGACGAGGGACUUCUUUCGCAGCUUCUUACGACGUCUGAGUCGGAUGUUAGGAUUAAUCAGACGACGGCGACUAUAGCGACUUCGAUCGGUGUACAUGUCACCACCGAGGUGGCUAGGGAUACCAACCCUGCCGAACCAGUGAAGAAGAAGACGAAGAUGGCCGAGAAAGAAGCAAUCGCCGCCAACACCGUCAUGUCUGAUGCGCCGCCUCCACCACCGCCGCCAAAGAAGAAGGUCGUUGAGAAAGUGGUGGAGGCUCCUCCGCCCUUGAUACCGGAACCGCCUAGACCGAAGGUUCUGCCUUGUGCCGUGUGUAAGAAGAUGGAACCAACGGGCGACCAGCACCUGUCGUGUAGGGAUUGCCGAUUGACCGUCCACAGAGGCUGUUAUGGAAUCGACGCUUCUCGAAGUGCAGCGAAAUGGAUCUGCGACAUGUGUGCCAACGAUAGAAACCCGACCGUCUCAACGUCCUAUGAAUGCGUUCUAUGUCCCAUCACCGAAACAGAGCACGAACUCAUGGAACCGCCUAAAAUCUCACAUAAGAAGAAAUCCGACCGUGAGCGCGAAAAGGAACGUCUGGAGAAAGAAAUGGUCAACGAAGCUAUCAAGCUUUACCGCCAACGACAAGAGGCUGCAGGUAAACCCGUUGGACCUAGGGAACCGCUCAAACGCACAGCAGGGAAUAACUGGGUACAUGUAACUUGCGCGAUAUGGGUUCCAGAAAUCAAAUUUGGAAACGCCAAAGAGUUCGAGCCUGCCGAAGGCAUCGAGUCGAUUUCGCAGGAGAGUUAUAAAGAGCGCUGCAAGAUUUGCAAGACGGAUAACGGUGCUUGUGUCUCUUGUCGUGCGACGACGUGCAAUGCUCGAUUCCACGUUGGAUGUGCCCAUCAGGCGAACUAUACGAUGGGAUUCGACGUGACGCCGAUUAAGAGUAGUAGGAAAGAUGUCGUUGCUACCGCGACGCUAGGCGAGGAGACGGGCGUUGUUGCGCCAGCCAUCUGGUGUCCGCAUCAUAGCGUUCCGACCAUUGUUCAUGAUAUGAGCGAGGUGACGGGUACCGCUGAUGAUAACGCGCUGCAGAUCUAUGCUCGGACAUUCAAACAGGCUGAUCUUACGCUUACGGGCACCGCGAGGAAAGCAGCUUAUGUUCAGCAGUCGUCGCCGACGGGUGCUGGUAAGCGAGCUGCUACGAAUGGCGCCGCGCCGGCAGGCCAGGGACAUAAGGAGGAGGUCAAUGGUGAUCAGAACGUCACUGCCCAGGGCAAAGAAGAGGUUUCUAAGAAAUGCUUUAGAUGUCAAUCUAUCGCUAGUCCGAAGUGGUGGCGUUGUGGACAGCAGCAGAUGGUUAAUGGUCUGGGACAUGUAGACCUGAUGAGACGACCGUCUGUUCCUGGCUCCUUACAUCAUGGCAAUGAUAUCAUCAUGGGAAUGAAUGGUGAUGGGCCGGAUCACGCUGUGUAUGAAUGCCACAAGUGCCAUCUCAAGAAGCAUCAUACUCCGCCAGCACUCACGCCUGCAAUUGCACCGAUUUCGGCUCUAGAUCCUACCCGCCCGCCAGUACCUUAUGGUCCAGACCGUGAUCGUGAUAUGAGCGUUCAACCAGCUCGUCUGCCAGAAUUCCCUCGUAAUGGAUUCGCAUCGUCUCCUCGCGCAGGGCCCGUUCCAUCCCAUGGUGUCGUUGGUGCGCAGAUACCGCCCCUUGCACCCCUAUCACAUCCCCAUGGCGCUCCAGAAUGGCGACCAGAAUACGACCAGCGACCAACCGACUAUGGCAACCCAUUACAUCGAAAGGGCAUCUCUCCUGCCCCCAACGGUGUCCAGCUUGGUCCUCCACCGCCGCCCUUCCACAAUGCACACCAGGGCCCUCCUCCGCCCGCACGAAUGAACGGAUACCCUCCCGCCCUACCUCAUCCGCAUCCGCAUCAACAUCCACCUGCCUUCCCCAACGGCGGGCCUCCACCACCUUCCCUACCACCACCGCAUCAAGCCUACCCGCACCAAGGCCAUUACGGACCCAUGGCACCACAUCCAGCCAGCCAGAACAACCCCUCUCCACACCCCAACCAUCCAUACUCAGGCAGCACUACGCCAGGCAUGCACUUCUCCCCUCCUCCAUCUCGAACAUCCUUACCAGGCCCUCCACCACCUCCACGUAUGUUCUCAGUAGACCGCACAGCACCGCCUAACCUCCCAUCACCCUCAGCGUCUCGAAGAAGCCUAGACCCUCAACGUCCUCAGCCAAAUAUGGCACCAGAGCAUGUACAAGGACCGGCCGAUAACCCAUCCACAUCCCGCCCAAGGUCAGAGAGCAUGGGACGACAGAACUCCCUCGGCGGACCACCGCCAUCUGCGCCACCGCCGUCCGGCUCAGCCGCCAGCGCCAGCCCAUCACUGAAGAAUUUACUUCUCUAA